GUAACGUCCAUAUUACUAAUUUUUCAAAUCGUUUUUGCAGUAACUCAUGAAUUUGAUAGAAAUGUCUUGAGUUCAAUAAUGAUGAAAAUUUACAGCAUUUGUGCGCUAUUUUUAAAUAUUAGAUUAGGUUCGAGAUGGCAAAAAAUUCACAAACAGUGGAAUCAAGUCGAUUGUGUCAUGGAUAGGCGUUAUGGCCAAUUAAAAAAAAUCAAUCUUAGAAUAAUCGCAAUCUUGAGCGUUUACUUUGCUACUAGUUUAGGUAAAACUCGAACGUUAUGCAAAAUUUUCAUUAAAGUUUUAGGCGCAUUUGUCAACAUUUUGAAGCUUCAAGGAACUAGUAAUAUUCUAGAAUUUGAAUUGUAUUCAUUCGUAUUUAACUACGUCCCACCCAAUUACGCAAUGGCAUUAAUUUUUUUGUUUGUGUAUUUCAUUUAUUUCUUUUUGAGCAACUUUAUUGACGUUUUUAUCGCUUCGUUAAGCAUGGCAAUAGCUUUGAGAUUCAAACAGAUUAGAACUCGGCUUGAAUUGAGUGAAAAAAGCCAAUUUGAUUUAGGAAUGACUGAAUUUUGGCUAGAAAUGCGCCGAGACUACGACCGCCUUUCCCACUUAUGUAAAGAACUGGACGAUGGCAUAAGCGGCCUAAUUCUCAUGUCUUUCGCUUAUAAUUUAUUCGAAGUGAUAAGUUACCUCUUCCAUCAGCUAAUGAUGGACAGUCAACAAAACGUGGCGUUUUAUUUCUUUUUCCCUUACAUGGUUUUAAGACUUCUGGCCGUCUGCCUUUACACGUCCUGGAUCAAUGACGAGAGUCUAGCCCCAGUUAAUAUUUUAAAUUCAGUCCCAUCACGAAAUUACAAUCCCGAGAUCGGCCGGUGGCUCGUCCAAAUGAGUUUCGAUAACGUUGCCUUGACGGGCUGGAAGAUGUUCAAAGUCACGAGGGGGAUAUUUUUGGGCGUGGCCAGCAUUGUCGUUACGUAUGAGCUGGUUAUCAUGCAGUUUUAUGGUUUUUCAGGAAAAACGUAAACACUCGAUAAUGUUUUUGCUAUCUGUGUGUGUAAAUAGGGCAUUUUAAUACAAUACAAUCAUGUUUUGUGUGAAAU